AUGCAGUUUCAAAGUGUAUUGCUCUUUUCCGUCGUAGUCACGUGCACAGCAGUUCUUCGAAAAGACUGUCAGCCAAUUUACGUUCGAUGGACAGGGGUGAAGAUCGGCACCAGUCCAAGGCUGUCCGGGCCGUACGGACUGACCUACUGCCGAAAGCACUGCUCUGACGAGGAGCAUACUGUGAUAAAGACCGCUUCAUUACCAUGUGCGGGCUUCAACUUCAAAAAAGGAGCCAAUGAAAUGGCAAAUCUCUGUGAAUACUUCGAUGACGAACAAAUGGAAAACUUGGACUGGUACGUCGAAGCAGAUAGCCGGUAUUCGUUCUUCCGGAAAUACUGCGUGAAAAGCAAGAACAUUUGCAAGCUGCCAAGCCAAUUUGAAUUUUACAUCGACCGAUACAUGGAUUCCAGUCAGAUCAACCGCGAUUUGACCGUACCCCUGGAAGAAUGCAUCGACAGGUGUCUGGAUGAACGGGCGUUCAAGUGCCGUUCUCUGACUUACAACCGGACAAGCAGCCUCUGCCGACUGAGCAUACAAACCAAAGAAAGUCAGCCCGAAAUGGUCAAAGUCAAUUCGGACCCAAAUUUCCGCAUUGACUAUUACGAGAACGUUUGUGAAGGUGGCAUUGAAAUGAGGCACAAAUGUCUGCAAGACGGUAUCUUGGUUUCAGCCGAAUCGAAGAUUCCGUAUUCCGGAGCAAUGUAUGGCUUGUACGACUUCGUCGGCUGCAAAAUCGAGCCGAAUCAUCAAAUGUUCUUCUCCAUAUUUAUGCCGUACAGUCCAAAGUCGAACAACUGCUCUGACAGCAUUCGCACACAGGGAGACAACUACAUUGCUGAAGUCGUUGUGUCCAGCGGCGGCGUUAAGCCAUUGUACUACAUCACGGAGAGGGAUAUCGUUUAUCAUGCGAAGUGCCCAAAACACGAAGGCAACACUGACCCCUCUGUUGGAACGGCCACAGUUAAUGCAGCCGUUGAUAUUUUGCCAUCUUCCACUGUCUCCACCGUCAAUACGGAGCAAACCAUGUUCAAGAUUUUACCGGAACAGCCGAAAACCACCGUCACUCAACGGAUCGAUACGACCGUGGUCCGGCGCACGACUGCCUCUACGUACAAAGUGCCUAAGUAUACCACGGAGAAAUCAACUUCAAUUUCAUCCAGCACGUCCACCAAACCAACCACCAGUCGCCUCACGAAAUGGACUUCCACGUCACCAACGUCAUCAGAAGCGAUGCGUACUUCGACUGCUUCCGCCGUCAGUCUCGCUGUCAAGUUCGACAUACUGAACAAUGGACAGCCGAUUACUGCCGUGGUCAUUGGUAGCAAAGUGACCCUAGACUUUCGAGUUGAACCUCCUUCGACCGGAAGCGAUCUUGUGGUGCUGAAUUGCCGGAUAGAACCCGUUGAUUCGCCGCAUACCUGGGAACGGGAUCCCCUGCAAAUAAUUCAGGAAGGAUGUCCAGCAGAUGGCGUCGGCUUGGUGUGUGCCCCAAAGAGAGUCGAAUUCGGAGCGCAGAUUACGAUGGAGGCUUUCCGCUACACAUCCACAAGCAAGGUGCGCUACUCGUGCGAGACUCAAGUGUGCGAAAAGACGCCCUGUAGACGUCCUAAAUGUCCUAUGGUAGACGGCUGUCAGAAGUUACCUGACUACUCAACGUCCAUAGGAUCAUUGACUAAUGGCUCGCCUUCAACGGGAAAAAUUUACAACAUUACCAAAGAUCUACUGGUUGUAAAUUCCGAGGCAGAACUUCUGUACUUUUUGAGCACCGGCAACGUGCCGAAGGGCGUUCACCCUCCAGGAGGAUAUUUCAGCCUAUGA